UCGGAUUUCCUAAACUUCUGCUCUAUUGCAGAAUAGGGCUGAAUAUUUCAUUCCCCAUUCAAAUUAAUACUUUAAACUUGACGCUAAAUUCUGUGAAAUGAAAAAAUAGCUGCCAUAAAACACCAAUGACAAACAAACGGUUUGCUAUGCGAGAAAAAGUAAGAUUCUCUGCAAAUGAGACGAAACUCGUAUGUGAAUUAGCCUUAAAUGGUGCGAUUUAAGCACCAUAUAAACAGUCACGGUACUUUAGGGAUUGAAAUAUACCGCGUCUACUUGAGUGCUCCCAUCAACCGCUGUUAAUUGUAUUAGUCUUGCAUCGUAAAUCGGUAGUACCGCGUCUGUUUGAGUGAUGCUUUAAAUAUAUCGUGUAAACAUAUGAAAUGAACUCUUAGCAAAGAUAUAAGUUCCUUUGUACAUAUUGUAGUAUCUGGUCUGUUUGAACUGUCUGUGGCUUGUUGCAUAGGAAAAGCUUUGGGAUGGAUAACGUAACGAAGUGCCCUCUAGACAAAUUGUACAAUUGCUUACAAAUAGUACGCCAUUAUGAUUGGUUAAUUAAUUCUUAUAUGUUGGAUUUCUAUAUAGAAAAUCAUUGGGAAAAACUACCAAAAAGUUGGCAGUUACAUUUGGAAAACAUACGUCCUGAGGAGCUCAGUUCUCUUUUAAAUUUGCAAAAUUGUGGUGAACAAAAGGACUGUAAUGUAUGGCCGUUGUCAUUGUUAGCUUUACGUAGGUUACUAGCAGAGCUGUGUGUGCCAAGAAAACAACAUGGAAAUAUAUCUGAACUGAUAGAAUUGCACAGCCCUAUACUAAGCCAUAUCAAGCUUAAAAACAUCUUUAAUAAAGGUGUUAAGCCUAAGAAACGACACGAGAUUAAAAUUAUGUCAUCAAUUUGCAAGUAUAGUUGUCAACAAUCGCCUGUUGACUUCAUUGUGGAUUUUGGUGCGGGACUAGGUCAUCUUGCGCGAGUACUCGGAUAUGGGUACGGCACACAAGUUUUUUGCUUUGAAAUGCAAUCUGACUUAAACGCACAAGCACAUACCAUGAAUACAAAGUUGGAAGUAAUGGCUAAAAAGCAUUUACCACCGAAUAUGCAUACAUUCUUUCGACAACCAAAACACUUAACACUUUGUAUGACACCAGAUGUGGAACCGCAUCAAUUUCUAAAUGUUAUAACUGAAUCACUACAAAUAACAGAUAAUAAUUUUAAAUUUGGGAUAAUUGGCUUGCAUCCGUGUGGUAAUUUAGCUGUGAUGCUUAUGCGAAUGUUCAUAAAAAUUCCUCAGGCGCGUUUUCUCAAUUUCGCUAGCUGUUGUUACAUGAAAUUAACCACUGCAAACAAACAAUCAAAUAUUGAGUUUCAGGGUUAUCCACUCAGCCAAUAUUUGUUGAAGAAGCCCAAAUUGUCUUUUUUGAGUUAUGAAGCGCUUGAGAUAUCUUGUCAUGCUAUGGAAAUGUAUUGCGACCGUUUAUCAAAGGGGGAUUAUGAAUAUCUCAAAGUGCAUUCUUUUCGUGCAGCUGCUGAACGUAUAAUCAUCAAACAUAGGCCCAACUUAAAACAUUGCGGACUGCGCAGUGUAAAACAUGUUCCUGGCAUGAGUUUUGAAGAGUACUUUUACAAAGCAACUCAAGGCAUGGAAGUCUCAAAUUUACAGAAAUCUGAAUUGCAAAGUCUAACUACGAAAAAAGAAUUGCUCCAAUGGCGACGUAUAGUUAUUUUUUAUACACUACGACUGAUGUUUGCCCCACUUAUAGAGAGCAUUGUGCUAUAUGACCGCUUCCUUUUUCUUCGCGAAAAUGGAUGCCAGGUGAAUAUAAACGCAGCAUUUGAUCCUCGUCUGUCACCUCGUAACCAUAUAACUUGUGCUUUCAAACUCAGCUGAUAUUUUAAGAUAAAUUGCAAAUGGAAAAUAACGAAUGUGUGUGUAUAAGUGCAUAUAUUAUAUUAAAGAUAAUAUACCUUUAUACCUAGAAA